AUGUCUCUUCUUACCACGGAGCUUGCUUGCACUUCUGCCCCCGAUCAAGUCUUGCAUCUUUUCUUCCAAGACGGCCAAAACAUUCUCGAAGCGCGAUCUCCAGAUGGCGGCAAUGUUUGGACUACUCAAGAUACUAUCAUUGCUAAAGAUGGAGAUUACAAUGGCUCUUCUAUGACAUGCUACUAUGUAGACAAAGACGCAAAUUUCGAUAACCAGCCCUCAAUUCAUCUCCUCUACAUGAACAAGGAUAAGCAAUUGACGGAGAAAGUCAAGCGCAUGAAGGGAGACAAUCCAAUUUGGGAGGACGCUAAGGUCCCAGACGAAGUCAGGAAAGGACCAGAGCAAUAUUCGAAGUUGACCAGCGGCUCAUUCAACCAAGGCACUGGUUGGAACCCGAAUGGUUCACAAUGGGCAUACUUUUCAGCCUCCAAGGAUGGCAAGAUGGGCAUCGUCGAAAUUCGACGCACUCCAAAAGAUCCAUGGCAUACAGAGACUAUUCUCGAAGAAAAGUGGGGUGAUGAACUCCCUGGAACCGCUCUAGCCUGUGUAAUUGGGAAUGGAAAGAUCAGGGUGUUCCUCCAGCACCAUGACUACAGCAUCAUACUCUACGAAAAUCAAAACAACACAUGGCAUGACCGAGGCACCUUCAUUCCGAAAGACAAGGUUCAAGCCACAACACCGCUUGCUUGCACCAUGACCAAGGACGGAAGCGUCCAUCUCUUCUACGUCUCAAAGUCUAACAAGAUUAUUCAUUGCACCGAUGGCAAGAAAGAGGAAGAAUUGAUCAAUUUCUUCCCAGGCUCGAAGUUGGGCGCUACUUCAGUUGAGAACAAGAUCACCUUGUUCUUCAGAAACUUGAACCCUGUCAAUGAAGUUGGCACGCUUGAGAAUGAGAAUGGCUCCUGGAAGCAUGGUACUACUGUCAUCCCCGCAUGA